UGAUUAACUCAUUAAACGUGUUGAAAGGUUGACAAAAAGAGAUCGAUCUUUGAGAGCUGAGCUCAAUCCUUGAUCAAAUGCUCGAUAAGAGAUCGACUAAUGUUAAUUUAGCUAAAUCACCCGUCAAUUCUUGAUUCAUUUAGUCAAUCACUUUUCCGAUACAAAAAGUAAUGAGCAAAUGUUUCUUAAUGAACUCUAAAGAUAAAUAAUUUCCAACUAAUCCAUAGUAACGAGAAAUUCAUUGAAAAGUCUGUGGCUUCAAUUAUUGAAAUUUCAUAAGCUAAGUCAACAAUCGAUCUUUAAAUCGAUUUUCAAAUUUCAAGAUUCUCAAAUUGAGAUUAAAUUCACCAAGCUGAGAAUGAACAAAGUUGUCUUUAAAUUGAAGUUUACUAGUGCCAAGUGAAACGGCUUGUAAAACAAAACUCAAAUGGAUUCCAAAGUAAAUAUAAUUGAUUAUAUAAAAGUGAAUAAGUUUAAAUUGUGUCAAAGUUUACUUUGCUUUGCCAGUUAUGCUGGAUUGGGUGCUGUAAUUACCCUACUUGGCACUUCACUACUUGAUUAUCAAAUUUUGACAAGCUCAAGUUUCCAUACAAUUGUUUACCUUGUCCAGAUAAGAUCAGUGGGUUAUAUUUUAGGAUCAAUUUCAGCUCAUUUCCUUGAAAAAGUUUUUCAUCAAACCUUGAUUCUUACAUUUUCCAAUCUUGUACUUGGAUGUACUCUCAUUGCUACUCCGUACUUUGAAAAUGUCAUCUUGCUGUUCAUCGCUACACUUUUCAUCGGAAUCACAUUUGGUAUUCUUGAAAUUUACGUUCAUGUUUACAUUGGCUUCUUAUGGAAAGCUGAAAGUACAAAUUAUCUUCAAGCACUUCACAUGUUUUUCGACGUUGGAGCUCUUGUUUCUCCGGUCAUUACUCGGCCCUUUUUAUUGCCAAUCGAUCCUGAUGAGUAUAAUGCUCAAUCGAAUCAAACUUUAACUAACCUUUCAUCGACCACAGAAGUUAAAAUUUUCACCAAAAAUGAUCUUCUCAUUCAAUAUCCACAUGCAAUCAUGGGCUUGUUUCUUUUUCUAGUCGGCAUUGCAUUUACGAUAACCUCAUUCAAAGAUCAUUCGGAACAAGAUUCAAUUGAACAAGAAACUGAUCAAUCUUCUGAUCAAAGUCUCAACUGGAAACAACGAGUUGCCAUCAUAGUAACAGCUUUAAUUGUAAACUUUGAGUUUGGAGCUAACAAUUUAGUCAGUGCUCUUGGACCAGCUUUUGCAGUUAAAUCUAACCUUAAAAUGACGAAGCAAGAAGCCGCUCUUCUGGUCACAGCUUAUUGGUCUUCAUGCUGCAUUUAUCGAUUAAUCAUGAUUCCAGCGGCGAUUUACUUUAAGGAAAGUAGCCUGAUUAUAGCCAAUUCAGUUAUCAUGAUUUGUGGUGCAGCAGUAAUGGGUUACACAGGAGAUUCAAAUCAAACACUUAUCUGGAUCUCCUUGAUUCUCUUGAGUUUAGGAUUUUCACCUUGUUUCGCCUUUGCUUUUGGUUACAUUCAAAAACAUUUCACUGUUCAGAGUAGCAUGGCAUCUGCAAUGUUCCUAUGUGGAACUUUGGGUGAAUCAAUUCAUCCUUGGAUAGUAUCUUUUUACAUGGAAUCUUGGUCAGCCUUUUACAGCUUUUAUUUUGCUUUUAUUGCGAUACUCAAUGCGUUAUUGUGUAUCUUUUUAGUCUAUUUUGUUACUAAAUUUAUUUCUCAUACAAGAGAUGAAUAUUUAGAAGUGAAGUAAAAGAUCUGUUUAUUUCUGAAAAAUCCUUCAACUUUGAUAUUAACUUAAUACAAGUGUUAGGAUUGUUCAGAUGCAAGUUAAGCAAACUUGAAAUUACUGUAGACGUUUAAGCCUAAGUGUUGAGAGUUUUGUCCAAAAUACACCAUUCCAUCUGCUCAGUGGUUUAAUCAAUGAUACUGGGUAGCACACUUUAGUCAGUUGAUCGGAAAAUUUCAAAGUUAAUAAAAUUUUUAAUCAAAAAUCAAUCAUUUCAAUCAUUCGUUUUCCCUUCGUUAAAACGAAUUGUUUGUAAAACUUUUAUUGAAAUAAAGCAAUUAUGAAUAGACCAAUCUUAA